AUGCCCAUCUGUAUCGAGUGUCGUCAUCCAGUCAGGACUCUUUGGACAUCCUACUCGGGUGCAGAUGACAAGUCGAGUGGACACAACAUUCGACUGACAGUCUGUCGAAAAUGCGGCUCCUUUUGCGACAAGUAUGUCGAACACGACUUUGUUGUUCUCUUCAUUGACCUGGUUCUCAUCAAACCCCAAGUUUAUCGACACCUGCUGCAUAAUACCCUGAUGCGAGAUGGCGAUCGCUUUGACCCCUCCAUCAUACGGCUUGGCGUUCUGCUCCUGCUCUUCGAUGUCUACCUAACGUGGGCUCGAAUGGAGAGGCAGUCUAUCCCUGAAUCCUCGCCAGGCGGAAGCAAUCUGGGAAGAUUAGCCCAGCAGCCUAUCGUUUUACAAUAUCUCUUCUUCCUCAUUCUGUGUGCUCUGUCGACGGCGGCCUUUCACAUUAGCAUCCGCUUCCUCACGUCUUCAGCCCUCUCCCCUCUCAACUUCACGGGGAUUCUUCGCCGCUAUGGCCGCCCUAAUUCGGUUUCGACCGCUCUUCUCGUCUCCUCGUCCACCAAGCUCUUCCCCAUACUCAUGGUGAUAUGGCAGUACCACGAUGUCCCAGCUGCGGCUCGCUACCUGGGCGGGGCUGUCGUAGUCAACAAUGUCGAGGCACUCCGCAUUCUUCUGGACUGUAAGUACUACACGGCGUGUUUUCUGGCUAUUUCCGGGGCAGCCGCCAGGUGGAUAGUCGGGCGCAUGGUCCUAAGCGCAGCUGGGUUGGGAGACGUCGACUCGAUAAGCGAGAGCACCGUGGCCACCGAUGGAAAGGCGCUUUGGGCCUUGGUCACGUAUUUGAGACAAUGGGCUGGUCGCUUAGCUGUAGGAUAG